AUGAACACAACCUUUGAUUCACAACAUUCUGCAUUAGAAGAUUAUGGUCAAGAUAUCCUUGAGGCAAAUCCUUUUGCAGACGAAAGAGAUGAUACCGCUAAAGUUUCAACUAUUUCAUUCGACCCAGUUUUAAAUAAUGACGAGGUUGUAGAAUCACCUAUAUCCAACCUAAACAAACAGCUGGAUUCUAUCGAUUUAGACGGCUCAACACAAAAUGUAUCAGAGCAACAAGACGAGCAAGAGUACGAAAUCAAACAUCAUCCGCAAGAGGAGCCGCAUUCAGAAUACACAUCCUCCUCACAUCAGGAAGAGACAGAUACUCAAUCAGAAUCCUUACAGAUACCCAAAAGUGGUUCUCGACCUUAUUUUCAAGUUGCUAUCGAGGAUCCUCAAAAAGUUGGUGAUGCUAUCAAUGCCCAUAUUAUCUACAAAGUGAGAACAAAGACAAAUUCUCCCUCAUAUCGCUCAUCAGAGUUUGUGGUAGCUAGACGUUACAGAGACUUUUUAUGGCUUUACAAUCAACUUACACUUGGUAAUCCUGGUGUCAUUGUACCACCUGUUCCUGAGAAGCAUGCAUUAGGACGAUUUCAAGACGAUUUUGUAGAAUCGAGACGAGUGGCAUUAGAGCGCUGUUUGCAAAAGAUUGUAGCGCAUCCCAUGUUGUACGGAGAUCCUGAUUUAAAGGUGUUCUUGGAGAGUGAGUCUUUCAAUGUGGAGAAACGACAACGAAGAGCUGAACCGGAAAAUUCGAAAAUGAGCUUUAUGCGCUCGUUUGGAGAAACAAUAUCAAAUGCAGCAACAAGUCCCUUUACGAAAUUUGUGGAGGUAGAUGAAUGGUUUGAUUCGAAAAAGAAUCAGCUGGAUGCUUUGGAAUCACAAUUAAAGGGCUUAUUGAAGAGCGUCGAAGGGGUGGUGAAGCAAAGAAAAGAGCUAGGAACUGCUACUUCAGAUUUUGGUGAGAGCAUGUUUCCUUUAGCAUCUGCUGAAUUGAAUCGAAAUUUAUCAACGCAUUUAAUGGUACUGGGCGAAAUUCAAAAGAAGAUGAAAGAUUUGCAUGAACAACAAGCACAAUACGACAUUAUCACACUGGAGAAUACCAUUGACGAGUACAUCCGCAUCAUUGGAUCCAUUCGAAUUGCUUUCAAUGCUAGAAUCAAAGCUUACCAAACUUACCAACAAGCCGAGUCAGAAUACCAAAAGAAAGCGGCCAUCAUGGAAAAGUUGAAGCAACAACGCAAGCCAGAAAAGUUGGUGAGUUUACAGCAAGAGCUAAACGAGAUGAAAGACAAGGUCGAAGAGUUACAGCAAGAUUUCCAAGACAUAUCGAAACUGAUCAAGAAUGAAUUGGAUCGCUUUGAUAAGGAAAAGGUGGACGAUUUUCGAGAUAGCGUAGAGCAAUUUCUUCGUAGUAUGAUUGAACAUCAAAAGCAGAUAAUUGCGCUUUGGGAAACUUACUUUGAGCAAACGGAGGGACUGAGCGAUGAAGAGGAUAACAACAGUGAUGAGAAUGAAGGUCAAGACUACAGCCACCAACAACACAGUGUGGAACUUGUAGAACAGCGCCAACAACAACAGAUACCAAAUAUUGCACAAUAA